GAUCACAGAAAAGAGCAGGAGCUGGGCGGAGAAGAAAAAUAUAUCCAUUUUAAAUUGCACCUAUAAGAUGGCAUCCAGUUUGGGCACCACAAUAAGAAGAAAGAGGGAAAAGGUUUCUAGUCUUGAGAUGACCUCAUCCAGUUUGUCCACGGACCACUGCAAGCCCAAGCUGUGGAACUACUACACAAAGCUUGGAGAUACCUGCGUGGAAUGUAAGGUCUGCAGGAAGCAGCUGUCUUCCCAAAACAGCACCGCAGCCAUGCGGGAGCACCUCGUGAAGAGGCACAGCCUCCGUAGCAUUGGCAUUCCUCAAACUAAGGAACAACCCGAGCUUGAUUACCAUGAACAAGAAGGGGCGGCUAAGAGGUUGCGACAAGCAGUGCCCAUUAAUGGCUUCUGCCCGUCGGUCUCGGAGUCACAGCCGCAGGUAAUCGCUGACCUGAUAUUGGAGAUGAUCUACCGGGACCUUCAUCCUCUUUCGGUAGUGGAAGAUAAGGGCUUUGGUCUCCUCCUUGGCUACUUGGAACCAAAUGUCGACCCUCCAAGCUCAACACAACUUGCGGAUAUGUUGUGGCACAAAUACACCAUCGUGAAACAGCAAGUCAAGUGUUGUCUCCAGUCUGCCCUCUCCGUGGUCCUCUCCAUUGAAAGCUGGGAUGACCAUUCCAAGAAGUCCUGCCUCAGCAUUACCGCAAAUGUCAUUGACAGUGAGUGGAGGUUAUGUAGGUACUUGCUGGAAACACAACACGUUCUCCCAACCAAGACUGAUGACAACUUGACGGAACGAUUGUAUUUGGUCCUGACAGAGUUUGGAUUAUCUAGUAACCUCGUGUUAUGUGUUGUAUACGAUCGAUCAGUGUCGUUGACCGCUCAUGCCCAAUCUUUAAAAGAUACUUACGGGUGGGCCAGUCUCUGCUGCACUUCCCACGUGCUACAGCUUUGUGUGCAAGCGGGGCUGGAGGUCCAGGAAGUGAAGGAAGUGUUAGGUGCAGCCAGAGGGUUGGUGAGCUACUUCCAAGAGGACUUCAAGGCCAGUUGUUACCUCAAUGCCAAGCUGGAAGCUAUGAACAAGCCCAGGCUGGUCAUGGACACAGAGAGGUACUGGAUUAGCACUUUAGAGAUGUGUCAGAGUUUGUUAGACCUUAAGUGGGCAAUCCUUUCAGUUUUGGAGGAACGGGGGGCAAAGAACUUGUCGGGGCAGCACUGGAAGUUGCUGCAAGACUUGGUGCCCAUGUUGAAGACUAUAUGGAUUGCAGCGGCCUUCUUGCAGGAAGAACAGAAUGCUUCCAUUUCAUGCUUGAUGCCCUGUGUUCAUGGUAUUUUUACCACCAUCGGGCAAACAUCCGAGGGUGGCAGCAGUGUUAUUAAAGCUGUCGCCUGUGAAAUACGCUCCGAGAUCUGUCGACACUGGGAUAUGAUGGAUGAAGGGAAACUAAUAACCAACCCUUCUGCAGUUGCCUCCUUUUUGGACCCUCGCUUCAAAGAGUUGAGGUUCCUUAAACCAUGGGCUAGAGGAGAGCUGCACACCGUAGUGAGAAACAUGCUCUCACAGAUGUGCGAGCCAUGCGCCCCUCACCGCUCCUGGAUACCAAGCAGCUGUGCCAUUGAAAGUGGUAUGGAGACCCUUCCAUUGCCUGUUCAGAAGGACAAAGGGCCCAUUGUUGGGUCUGAAAAAGUCUAUGAUCUUCUACUUGGAAGAGAUCCAACGGAGAAUAUGCCUGAUGCUCACCAGCAGUUGGAGAACUACAUAGUGGAACCUGUCUGCAAACGUACCACGGACCCUCUAGCGUGGUGGAACAGUAAACACCACCGCUUCCCGACACUGGCUCGAUUAGCCCGGCAAUAUCUUGUUAUACCGGCCACUGCUGUGAAGCCGGACCAUGCUUUUAGCACAGUAUUUGACCCACUGGAGAAGCGCCGCGCUGCUCUGGAAGCCAAGUAUAUGGACCAGAUCCUUUUCUUACACCAGAAUAAGGACUUGGUAGAAUGGAGCAUGAAACCAAAUGUCUGAGGGUUAUCUGCUCCUUUUCUUGUCUUUGUCUGAAAAGUGGACUAUAUGGGUUUAAAGAACCCUUCGGCCUUCUUCUUGUACAUAACCCUUCACAAUCCUAACGUCCAUCUAGUACUGGACACCACUUCACCUGCUCUACUUUCAUGUCCUCUAUACGUGGAGGUCUGUCAAACCUGGUACCAAAGAGAAGUGGAGCAGUUUCCCGUCGCUGCUGAUCAGAUUCCAGCCCCCAUUUAUAGGUGUAGUCUGGUGCUAUCGGCAACUGCUCCACUUUUCGUUUGCACCAGUUUUAGUCACCCUCCCUUGACACCUCUACUUCAUGUGCACAGCUUAUGUUAUGAACCCUUGUUAGUAAUUCUGUAGAUAUCUGUACAGUUCCUUCACAUGCACUUUUCAAUAUUUUGACUUUUUUGCAAAAUUUUUAAAAUAUUAACUGCACCCCCCCACCUAAUAAUGUAUGCGUUUAAAUAUUGUACAUGA